AACAUACUAUACAAUAUUAUUUACAUAUUAUUUUAUAGUAUACAGAAAUCAAAUCGAUUUUAUUUGAUAUACUUCAAAUCACGUUUACGUUUGUCUUCAAUACAUUGUGUCUAAUCGAGAUUGGAGUUUAAUGUUGAUAAAUGAUAUUUCUUUUUACAUUUUCUUAAUUACUUUUUGGCAUGUCACUAUCGUUAGAGCUAUUAUAUCAUUAUUAGAAGACCGUCUCCCUGCUAAUAUAACUAGUCAGGUUUCCCCGCUAACCCCGCAUCCUCAUCCACUAUAAUUAUCCAUCUUCGUAUUCGUGUCUGAGUUCGCUAAUGUUUAUCUAUAAGACUUCGCGUGCUCUCGAUGUCACCGAUGUCCCCGUGCACACUUUGAAGUUGAAGAUACUAUUAUUACGAAAUAGGUUUAGCCAGGAUAUUAGAGACACGAUGCAGUUCGUCUUGAGAAGUCGAGAUAGAAACUAGAAAAGUCUUUUAGUCUUUGGAAAUUUAAAUAAAAAUAAGGUCUAUUGAUAAUACAUGAGAAUGCUUGGCCGGAGGAGGGGUGGUAUUAGUGCCGCGAGAAAAAUGGCUAAGAAAAACGUCCCAGCUGCUCUACAGACUGAAGUAUCUAAUGAUGAAGAAUGGGCUAAAAUCUUAGAGAGAAAAGGUCUAGUAGUUGUUGAUGUUUUCUCGGAUUGGAGUGGUCCUUGUACCGGUAUGGUGAGCAUAUUGAAGAAAAUAAAAAUGGAAAUUGGUGGAGAUACACUUACUUAUGCUAUUGCUAAAUGUGAUGAAAUCAGCGAUUUGGCGCGAUUUAGAGGCAAAAGUGAGCCUACUUGGAUGUUUAUCUAUGAGGGUCGCAUGGUAAACCUCAUGUUUGGUGCUCAUUGUCCAGAACUGCAAAAGAUGAUCACUAAGGAACUCCAGAGAAUAGCUGAUGGAGGGGAACCUGAAUUCUCGUUACCCGUAUCUGAAAGAAGUCCAGAGGAAGAGAAACGUUUGCAAAUUCUAGAAGAAACCAGACUAGCUAAAGAAGCAGCUAAGAAAGCAAAGAAAGAAGCUGAGGCUAAAGCUAAGUACGAAGCAGAAAUGUCACAUUUGAUAAAUUCAUUAUGCUUGGAGACAUGUCUUAUAAUUUAUCCAUGGGUAUUCAAAGAUGAAGAAGGACACCGAAGAGACAAAAAAUCAAGUCCACCAUACAUGGAACUUAUUGAGGACCUUUUGCCAGACAAUUACAUUGUAGAGGAACAAUUUCGAAAAAGACUGGAUGACGACAUUCUUAUGACAUUAUGUGACGAGUCAGACUAUGUGUUGACUGAGGACGCUAAACAAUUACUUUUGGAUGGAAAAUGUAUGUGCAUGAGAUUGAAAAUUAAUGAUAAAAAGAAAGAGAUGGACGUGGAAAAAUAUUUGCUGAGUCUAUUAUUUGGUGAACCUAUUUUGCCAGAACUUGGCCAGACGUUUGCCGAAGGAUGCUACGCGGAACGACAUCAUCCGGCAUUUAUACCUAGUGGAAAAGAAAAUGUAAUAUUUCCAGUGAUAUGGGCACCACCAAAUCCAAGAAAUAAAGCCAUAAUGUUUAAAACAAUAUUUCGCAAAUAUAUUGACACCACAUAUCCAUAUGAGGAUAAAGGUGAUAAAUACCCUAUAAUUGUAUUUAAAUAUGAUUCUACAAAGAAAAACGAUUUAAAAAUAAUACUAGAAAUGUAUAAUAGCGAAUUAGUAAAUUUUGGUGUUUUUGAACGAGACAAACCACCGGAUGCGAAACAAAUAGCUUCAUCUAUUGAAGAAUUUGAGGAAUACUCUUCAGAAAAAACUGGGUAUGAGACAUUUGUUUGUGUUGUAAAAAAAAUAAGUUCCGAAGUUUUCCUAACGUUCGCUGGUAUUGGUCCAUAUCAUGUUAGCGACUGUCCAGAAAAGGCUAUUGAAGAAUCACUCUUGUAUUUUCCAAUAGUUGGAAUCGUGGAUGACGUACAGUCAGAUGAUGAUGAGAAACUAGAGGAACUUGAAGUAGAAGGUGUUGUAAACGAAAAUGGUGAAGCAGUUAAUAAUUUGGAAGUUCGGUAAAUUCGCGGUAAGUUAACUUGGAAAUAAGUUUCUUUAUAGUAGAACUUGCUAUAAUUCCACUAAUAUUAGAACAUUUCAAAGUUAAAACCAAGUAAAACUUAAUGUUUUUAAAAGAUAUGUUUAAUUACAAUGUAAUAAGAUAGAUCAGAAUAAUGAAAUAAGUUAAUAACAA